CAAUGCGGGACGUAGUUGUGCACUCGAAAGAUCACAUUAGAGUCUUCAAGAAGUGACAUGUAUAGUGUUUUCAAUAACGCGUGCAACAGAUGGCAUUAAUCUGCGGCGGAAAGUGAAGAUAUUGAGCCAGAAUGUCUCCAUGAAUUCACGUGGAGGACUUUGAUUUUGGUCACAUUAGAUCCUGCACUGUGGAAAUACACCAUCAUGACCCAAAACAAUUACGGAGAGACACGGAGGCUUUCCAAAUGGAUGGACUAUGGCAGUAUCAGUGGGGAAGGACAGUGGGAUCCAUGCCCUACCUGCCAGGGCACAGGACGCAUACCAAGAGGUCAGAAGAACCAACUUGUGGCAGUCAUUCCUUGUAGUGACCAAAGACUGAAACCUCACCACACGAAACUGUAUGUGUGCAUGUCAGUGGGACUAUGCCUCCUGACAUGCUCACUGAUCCUGUUUUUCCUCUUCCCUCGGAGUAUGGAUAUGUCAGCUAUGGACCUAAAGUCGUCUAUGGUCUAUUUCACUCCCAAUACAGUUAAAAUGGUAGUCACAAAUGAACUGAACAUCACCAAUCAAAACUUUGUGAGUAUCCAAAUGGAAGACAUUGAUGUACAAGCCCUGAUUUUAGAGACUGUGGUUGGGAAGACCAAGUACUCAAAUGUCACCACACUGCCUGCUCGAUCUGAGAAAAAGAUCACGGUUGUAUCCGAUAUUGUUAUUGAUGACCCAGGUCUCAAUAACUACUGCAAAUCACGUGCCAUUCAGAUUCACACUUUAUUCUUGCAUUUGCAAUUGACUAUCAGAGUCUCCUAUUUGUCCCAUUCAGAGCAGAUGUCAACAGAUACCUAUGAGUAUAUUGACUGUGGAGUGAAUUCUACUGUACCACAUAACUUUCCUCUGCUCUGAGACAAGACGAUUGCCAACGUCCAUGAAUGUUGAUGUCUUUGAAAUCCAAAUGCUGUCAUUUACUGUUUUCAUAAAUUUAAAUAAGGUGUUGACUAUAUUGACAGUAACAUAUUAGAUGCAAUAUAAAUGUCACUGGAAUAAUUAAUGUUUACAGUUAAUUUACAUCACUUGUUUGUGUUUUCUUAAUUUGUCUUUACAUUAUACUUGUUUUAAAAUGUGCACAUCACAUUACAUUGCACAUUAAGUUGUCUUUGCAUUUUAUUUGUUGAGAAUUCUUGAGCAAAAAUCCAAUCAGAACUCAAUUCUCCAAUUCUGUUUUAAUUAAAAUAUAAUUAGUGAAACGGAACAAUAGAUUGUGUUUACAAUUAAAAUCCAGAUCGUGAUUUGUACAGCUUCAUUUGCGGCGCUGCCCGAUGUUUUUCCUCACCAUUGCUGGGAGUACUGUAAAUACUGGUGCAAAUGAAGCACACAUGUUUUUAAGAUGCUGCUUUUUCUCGAUCAGCUUCCCUUUAUAUGCUCUUUAAGUCAAUGUGAUAUUAUGCAUUGGUAUAUACAGAAUUUGGACAAAGUAAUAAAACAUUGUGAAGUGUUGAAGUCAAAUAAUAUCUGCCCAUAUUGCAAGCACAUUGAUUACAACUGGUGAAUAAUCUAAUGUGGCAACAUUCAACGUAUCAUUUACUGAUACUGAUCUUAUUUUUUUGCUAAAAGAUUGGAGAAAGCCGGAUUGUUACUUUUACCUACAAUUUCUUUUUCCAACUGUUCACAUAGCAUGUCCUAAAAUCCACUAACAUAAUUUUCCUGUAAAGAUUUAACAAAUUCAGUUGUUUCAAGACAGAAUAUGAUGCAUGUAUUCAAAUGAAAAGUGUUCCAAUGUUACUGUUGGGAUUACAAGAGAACGUGUAAUUACACUGUGUAAAUAGAUUACUUUGUCCAUCCACUGUGUCUACUGAAUCUUGUUGGAACUACUGAAACAUUCUAGGAACAAAUUAAACCAGUUUAAAUUUCACAGAUACUCACUGUGUAUCUUUUGUUAAUCUUUGUUUCCUUGCUGGAAAGGUGACACUUGCAAAUGCAUUUCUUUUCAGUCUCCAAGGGAAAGCAAGUAAUCUGUUUAGAUUUACAGAUUGUUUUUAUUUUGUUUACUGAAGAUUCCAUGUAUCAUAUUCCUUUUUAAUAUUGUUUUUAAAGAUGCAAUUUCCUGUGUUUAAUAACAUGCUGUAAUGAACAAUUUGAACACUAUAUAUCAAUGUGUCACCUUCUAAUUUGUGCAAUUUUAAUGGAAUAGUUCACCAAAAAUGAAACAUUUCUUAUCAUUUACUCACCUUCAUGCAAUCUCAAAUGUGUAUGUCAUCUGUCUUCUGCAGAACACAAAGAUUUUUAGAAGAAUAUUUCAGCUUUGAAGGCCCACACAAUGCAAGUGAAUGAUAACCAAAACUUUGAAGCUCAAAAAAGCACAAAGGUAGCAUAAAAGUAAUCCAUAUUACUUCAGUAAUUUAAUCCAUGUCUUCUGAAGUGAUCCAGCUAGUUUUGGAUGAGAAUAGACCAUAAUAUAACUAAUUGACGCACAUGAUUUCAAGCUCAGUAACACUUCUUAGAGCCAUCUAGCGCUCUGCGCAUGCAUCAAUUAGUUGAAAGUGUAAUUGAGCUUAAAAUCAUGAUCAUGCCAAGAGACUGCAAUGGCAAUGUAAAUAGUGAAAAAGGAGUAAUAUUUUGGUCUGGUCUCACCCAAAAUCGAUUAGAUAGCUUAAAACAGAUUAAACCACUAGAGUCUUCUAGAUUACUUUUAUGCUGCUUUUAUAUGCUUUUUGUAGCUUCAAAGUUCUGGUCAAAACUCACUUGCAUUGCAUGAACCUACAGAACUUAAAUAUUCUUAUAAAAAUCUUUGUUUUGUAUUCUGCAGAAGAAAGCCAUACACAUCUCAUAUGGGAUGGCAUGAGGAUGAGAAAAUAAGUGAUUUUUCACUUUUGUGUGAACUAUUCCUUUAAUGUAAGCAAUAUCGUCUUGGUGUUAAUAGACCUUAAACCAGAGACUCACUGGACACUGCAGGUGCUUCAGAUUGCUCUUCCUUUUUGCCUUGCUUGUUUUCCAACAGAAGAAAAACAGAAAUGACCAAGUCCAGUAUGUUUAUAUUUUGCUUAACAGGGUUUCAUCUAUAUAUUUCCCACAAAAUGUAAGCCUACAUGAAUUAUGUUUUUAAUGAACAAUGUGCAAAGAACAUGUGGAAUUUCGAAAUAAAUGUGGGCAUUA